AUGUCACGAAUACCUCAGUCAAAAGAAGCUUUAUUAAAAUUAAACACAAGAUUGAAAGAAGAUGUUAAAAGCAUGUUAGAAAAUUUUUAUAGAAUAAUUAAAUUGGCAAAAGGCGAAAAUGAAUCACAAUUAUCAAGAGUGACACAAUGUGAACAAGACACCUAUGAAAUGCAUGUACGGGCAGCAAAUAUAGUGCGUGCUGGAGAAUCAUUGAUGAAGCUAGUAUCUGACAUAAAGCAGUAUUUAAUUUUAAAUGAUUUUCCAUCUGUUAACGAAGCAAUAACACAAAAUUCUAAAUUAUUCAGAACUAAACAAGCAGAGUGCGACCAGAAACUUAUGUCACUUAGAGAUGAUAUGGCAGCAGAUUUAUAUGAUUUAGAAGAGGAAUAUUAUACAAGCAUAUACAAAUAG